GCAGAAGAAGAAAGCGGACUAGCUCUUUUAACUUUGACAUUGUUUUCCUUUCUCGAUAGCGUCAAAAUGCUUCUUCAGUCGGUCAGACCUUGGCUGCUGCGAUGCAGGAGUUUCCCCCGGGUCUGUGCGAGAACCUACCACAGCGACCAAGUCGCUCGACUCGGCAGCGCGCCGGACAAACACUCCUCAGAGUACCAGGAGAAUUAUGAGCGGAUGAAAGCUCUGGUUGAUGAGCUGAGAAGCCGAGCAGAGAGGAUUGCAUUGGGAGGAGGAGAGAAAGCGAGAAAGCUUCAUAUUUCUCGCGGGAAGCUCCUGCCGAGAGAGCGUAUAGACAGACUGCUGGAUCCCGGGAGCCCAUUUUUGGAAUUUUCCCAGUUCGCCGGUUACGAGUUGUAUGGGAAAGAGGAAGUCCCAGCAGGCGGGAUAAUUACUGGAAUAGGACGGGUUUCAGGUGUGGAGUGUGUCGUCGUCGCAAACGACGCCACUGUCAAAGGGGGAACGUACUACCCAAUCACAGUGAAGAAGCACCUCCGUGCUCAAGAGAUCGCCCAGCAGAACAACCUGCCGUGCAUUUACCUCGUGGACUCCGGUGGAGCUAAUCUACCCCGACAGGCUGAUGUCUUUCCAGACAGAGAACACUUUGGACGCAUUUUCUACAACCAGGCCAGGCUGUCUUCACAGGGGAUAUCACAGAUUGCUGUUGUGAUGGGAUCAUGCACUGCCGGGGGAGCGUACGUUCCGGCCAUGGCUGACGAGAGCAUCAUUGUCAAGAAGCAAGGAACCAUUUUUCUUGGAGGACCUCCACUGGUCAAAGCUGCCACUGGUGAAGAAGUUUCCGCAGAGGAUCUUGGAGGUGCUGAUCUGCACUGCAAGAAAUCUGGGGUGACCGACCACUACGCUUUAGACGACGACCACGCCCUCCAUCUGGCCAGAAAGGUCGUCCGACACCUCAACUACAGGAAAGACAUUCAGGUCUCCGUCGAACCUUGCGAGGAGCCUCUGUACCCUGCAGAUGAACUCUACGGGAUAGUUGGCGAUAACUUGAAGCGCACUUUCGAUGUCAGAGAGGUCAUUGCCAGAAUCGUAGAUGGAAGUAAAUUUCAUGAAUUCAAGGAAUUCUAUGGCGAUACACUUGUCACAGGAUUUUCAAGGAUAUUUGGCUACCCUGUGGGAAUCAUUGGCAACAAUGGAGUCUUGUUUUCAGAGUCUGCUAAAAAGGGGACACAUUUCAUCGAAUUAUGCUGCCAACGGAACAUUCCACUUAUUUUUCUCCAAAACAUAACAGGCUUCAUGGUGGGCAGAGAGUACGAAGCGGGAGGAAUUGCCAAGGACGGCGCCAAGAUGGUUACCGCCGUUGCCUGCGCCAACGUGCCCAAAUUCACCGUGGUCAUCGGCGGCUCCUACGGCGCGGGAAACUACGGCAUGUGCGGCAGGGCCUACAGUCCCCGCUUCCUCUACAUGUGGCCGAAUUCCCGAAUAUCUGUAAUGGGCGGCGAGCAGGCAGCCACCGUCCUGGCCACCAUCACCAAGGAUCAGAGGGCACGCGAGGGAAAAGAGUUCACCGCGGAGCAGGAGGCCGCCAUGAAGGAGCCGAUCGUGCGUCGGUUCGAAGAGGAAGGCAAUCCGUACUUCUCGAGUGCUCGACUGUGGGAUGACGGGAUCAUUGAUCCCGCCGAUACCAGGAUGGUUUUGGGACUGAGCAUCAGCGCCGCACUCAACGCGCCACCAGAGAAGACCCGGUUCGGCGUGUUCAGGAUGUGAAGCACCCUCAGCGUGGCGCUGUAUUUUGUCCUAGCCUCUGUGGAGUUGAUUUUUGAUGUGUCACCAGAAAAAAAAAAAAGUAACACUAAGAAUUUCAGAUAGACUGAUCACACAUGAUGACCUUUCAGGCUGUGGGACAUU